CAUUCAUACUAGAUCUUAGAUCAUUAAACUAUUAUUAUAUUCUAUUUCUAUUCUAAACUUAACAUCCUCACAAACUCACAAUAAAGUUUCAUUUGUUCAUUCAAUUUGAUAUCUCCGCUCCACCUCAAACCCAAUUAUUCUCAUACAAGGGAAUUCCCAGAUUUUCCACCCAUCAAACUACAAGUGAACUAAGAGGAAACUAAAAAUUUAGUAGCAAACAUCUUAUCUAGACUUUCCAAUCUUUUUCAUAAUUCAUUUUCAUUCGUCAAAUUCCAUUUACAUCAUUAUAUUAUUCUUCCCCGUAGUCCUGGCUUUGGCGCUCUGCGAGCGUGAGGCAGAUACGGAAUUUGGAAUAUAGCUUACCAUACAACUUACACAUACACAUACACAUACAUACACAUACCGUCCAUACCUACCUUUACUCUUUAGCUUGUACAUAGCCAUUGGAAUUGGAAAUAAUGUCAUUCCCCUCACCGGCCGCUGCGCCAUCCCGGCGUCGUGGAGAUUCCGUCUCAUCAUACUCAAGUCCCCGUCUGAUCCCUCAUGCUUCGGCUUCGCAAGAUGGUCUCUCUAAUCUGCCAUCCGAUUUGAAUCACGGUUCCUUUCGAGGCCAAUCUGCACAGCAGAAUUCACACACUAAUACUUCCAGCGCUUCACACCAAUACCAGCCUACACGUUCCUUCGUUCAUCUCUCCUAUCGUGGAGAUCCAGUCCUUGUAGACAGCGCACAGUAUGCCCGCAGCGUUAGAGAAGAUACGGCCGAACUUGCGUCAUAUGCCCUGUCCGACACACCAGCCCCAGGUCCUCCCUCCCCGACCCGAACACGCACAAACCAUCAGAUGCACCUCGAUUCAUACUUCAAUGGAGGCGAAGACGAGUCAAGAUCAAAUCGAGAUAUCGAACAAUCACGUCACGAAACGAUAGAAGAAGUGUCUGAGCCAGUUACCCCAGAAGAAGGCUCCACAAGCAGCCUUCCGCAUAGCGCAUCUGCCAUAACGAACAUGCUGAGAACUUCUCCUCCUAGUACAUCACUGCCGAAUGAAAAUGGAACCUUGGGCUAUGGGGCCAUUGAGAAUGAACAAGGCGAUUCCAAUUCGAGAGACGGCCGCCUCAUAAUUACAUCGCAGGGCGUCAAGAUGGACUCGUCGGAACGUACACCCUUGUUGUCCAAAGUCUCAUCUUCACAUUCUCACCCCGAUUGGAUCAGAGGGGAUCAUGAUCUCGAAGGUUUAAAGACGUCCAGAAGUCCAUCUUGGCCAAAGCUACGGAAUGUUCUGAAAUCAACCAGGGAACGAGGCACGGUCGUUGUCGAAACUGCACUCAACCCCAAGCGCUGGGAUAGAAUGGCGAUAUGGCAGAACUGUGUUAUUGCACCCGCUCAAUCUCUUCCAUCAGUACUUUUGGGAAUGUUGCUUAAUAUUCUGGAUGCAUUAUCAUAUGGGAUGAUCUUGUUUCCUCUAGGACAACCAAUUUUCGAAAAACUAGGUGCUGCUGGCAUCUCUAUAUUCUACGUGAGUACAAUCAUUUCGCAAUUGGUGUUCUCAUGCGGUAUGAGUACAUUCAAAGGAGGUAUUGGUAGUGAAAUGAUAGAAGUUGUGCCAUUUUUUCACAAAAUGGCGUUUACGAUAAUGGAAGUGGUUGGCGAAGAUAAUCCUGAAGCCGUCAUCGCGACAACGAUCACGUCAUAUGCGAUUAGUUCCAUUUUAACAGGUAUUGUAUUCUUCUUAAUGGGAACUUGUGGCUUUGGUUACAUCGUUGGAUUUAUUCCCAGACAUAUACUCAUUGGAUGCAUUGGUGGCGUUGGCUGGUUCCUCAUUGCUACUGGAUUUGAGGUUACAGCACGCCUUGAUGGAAAUUUGAAUUAUGACAUGAACACUCUACACAAGAUGUUCGAGCCAGAUACAAUUGCCCUAUGGGUCAUUCCUUUCUCCAUUGCUCUUUUCAUUGUCUGGUCGCAAACUAAAAUUACCUCGAAAUUUUAUUUGUCCGCUGUUAUCAUGACUAUUCCAGCAGUAUUCUACUUUUUUGUCCUCUCAUUGGAUGAACUAGAAGUACCCAAUUUACGUCGAAAUGGCUGGAUUUUUGAAGGUCCUGAAGCUGAUGAACCAUGGUGGUAUUUCUGGACCUUGUACAAAUUUCACCUCGUUCGUUGGGAUGCUAUUCUCGAAACGGUCCCUGCUAUGUUUGCUUUGACAUUUUUUGGACUUUUGCAUGUUCCUAUCAAUGUUCCAGCAUUGGCCAUCAACGUUGGUGAGGACCAUCUUAACUUGGAUCGGGAACUAAUUGCACAUGGCAUCUCCAAUAUGCUAUCUGGAUUUGCAGGAAGUGUUCAGAAUUAUUUGGUCUAUACCAACUCCAUCCUAUUUAUGAGAUCAGGUGGUAAUCGUUUAGCUGGAAUUCUACUUGCUGCUGCCACAUUUGUAAUUUUGAUGUAUGGACUAAUCUUAAUCGGGUACAUCCCGGUUAUGAUGGUUGGGGCUCUCAUCUUUGUGCUUGGUUUCGAACUUUUGGUUGAGGCUGUGUGGGUACCAAGGAAGAAGUUGAAGCCCCUUGAGUAUUUGACAGUAUGCAUAAUAGUCAUUACCAUGGGUAUCUAUGAUUUCGUUGCUGGAAUCUUCCUGGGUAUUGGUCUUGCGUUUGUAUCCUUGGUAGUCCAGACAUCUAGAAUCCCCGCAGUGAGAGCAUCUUACUCAGGUGAGAUAGCUGGAUCCACUGUUCGUAGGAACGCUACUCAGUCUCGCUACCUUCGAGACGUGGGCCAGCAAAUUCAUGUCACCAAGUUGGCUGGAUAUCUUUUCUUUGGUACCAUCGUCAGUGUCGAGGAACGUAUUCGUGCUUUGGUCGAGGAUGAAGCAUUCACCGAAAGACCAAUCCGUUUCCUGAUAUUUGAUCUCUACCAUGUUACAGGAAUUGAUUAUUCUGCUGCCGAGGCCUUUUUACGAUUAAAUCGAAUCUUCAGCAAGAAGGGUGUCACUUUAUCUCUUAGCGGUGUGGAUCCAGAAGGUCCUAUAGGAAGUCAUCUUAGAUCCGUUGGUCUUGGUCAAGGCCUAGCUAUUGAUGAUGGUAACGAAGUGACCUUAUUUCAAGAUCUUAAUUCUGCAUUAGAGAGUUGCGAAAACGAAUUAUUGAAAACACUUUAUGCCAGUCAACAAGCUCGCGCCAACCGCAAUGGCGCAACCGAUCAUCUAGAAGUGCCCUCAAGUCGAAGUCGCGGCAAAUCAUUCUCACAUUCUUUCGAUACUCAAUUCAGUUCUCCAAGACGUAGUCAACUUUUCCGAAUGGCUACUAAUGCUCUGGAAGAAACUACCGUACCUGACAUUAAAUAUUCUAAUUUCAAAGAACCCCUUCGCUUAAUCCUUCAAACUUUCCAAGGUCUCACCAACAAGAAUGAAGAUUUCUGGUUCCGUGUCAUUCCGUUCUUUACCCGUAAAGAGUAUCUCGCAGGCACAACACUUUACCGUCGUGGCGAACCUGCAAAGGGUUUCUAUCUCCUUGAAGAAGGUAUUCUUCGUGCUGAUUACGAAUUACCUCAGGGUCGCUACUUUGAAAGUAUAGUUGCUGGGACGACAUGUGGAGAACUACCAUUUUUCUCGGAAACUGAUCGUACGGCUACAGUUGUGGCGGAGAGGGAUUGUGUGGCAUGGUUGAUGGAUAAAAAGGAUUGGGAGGAUCUGCAAGAAAAGGAUAAGGAAGUCGCUCAGGAAUUAUUGAGGAUUGGAUUGAAGUUGACAAGUGAGAGGAUGAGUGCUAUUACAAGUUAUGUCUUGACCACUGCUGGAUAGCGAGUGAGGAUUUGAUUACGGGGGUAAUGAAGUCGAAUUAAAGAUUUCUUCUUCUAGACGCGCGGAUGAUGGAAUGCUGUUUGCAAUUCUUGCACUAAGCUACAAAAUGGAGGUUGUAUUUAAUGGACGAAUCGAUGAAUGCAUAUUAUAUUCAUGUAUGUAUGCAUGUAUGAAGGAGAUUUAUCGGUCUACAGUACAUUUAUACUUAUUUUGAAAUACCUAGUAGUAAGUAUAGUGGAAGAUUUUCGAUGUAGUUAAUUUGUUUGAUGGGCUUGGUGUGGUGUGACGAGGUGUGGUUUUUUUGCUUAAUGGCGUUUGGAAUGGAAAAAUGGGAGAAUGGGAGGCUAAAAAGAUGGAAUUUUUGGAGAGGGAAUUUGUGGAGGUACUAGGGUGUGCUGGGGUAUGUUGUGUUUAUGGGGGCCGGUGUAUGGAUGUGGUAAUAUAUUGGGGUGUGGGAAAGGGGUGUCGG